UACAUGAAACGGUCUUUGGACAUCUUUCGGCCUGUGGUGGUCGCAAGUCACGGGAAGGCAGUGGACGGCAAAAAGUUACGUCUCAAACGGGAAAAAAAAACACAGUUUUCAGUCGAGUGCACUCGGGGUUCGCUGAACAUAUUUAAUGAUCAUCCGCACAUAAAGAGGAAUGAUUUAGUCCUGCUUUUAUAUCUGCUGUCAAACGUCGCGCGCUUGAAUUGGUCUCCACUUCCGCGUACAAUGUUUUUUUCCAACGGCAUACGACAACUUUAGAACAGGAAGCCUUCAGAGGCGCUUGUCACUUCGUCUCACCUUUUAGGAGGAGCUCGGGUAACUGGUGUUGGUGCGACCAACGAAAGCAUGGAUUACGAAGACGCCCAUAAUGGGCGCGUGCCAUCAGGUGCUCAGAGUUCAAAUCCAGCCAUGAACAUAAUUGGAGCAGAGGAUGAAGACUUUGAGAAUGACGAGCAACCUAUGGUGGAUGAUCAGUGCAGUCACUUUAACAGUAUUGAGCUGUUGAAGUCCAGGCCCACCCACCUACUGGUCUUCAUUCAUCAUGUCAUGUUACAGUUUGACUGUGCUCCUGUGCUAUGCUACCUUCAUGCUGACCUCUUCAAGAACUUCAAUGCCAAAGACACCAAGAAGCACUUUGGGGAAUUCUACAACACUUACCUGGAAAAAGGAGCGAUUCUCAACGUACAUGUGCCAAAUAACAUAGCCUCUGAACUGGAUCGCAUGCGUCCAGAAAUGAUCAGUGAAGAACAACAAAAACGCUAUGCUUAUGAAAUACAGUUCAUGCAGAGUCCAGAGAUUCUGCGGCAGCUGGAGGACUUCAGGCAAAAGAGGAUGAUGGGAAUGACUCCCAAUGAGCAUGAACUAAAUGACGUGGAAUCCCAUCGUCCAACCGACCGCAUCCCCAUGGAGAUGAAGGAGAAGGCAGUAGCUGAAUCCAUACUGGAAAAGAUGGUAGAGGCCAACCCCUCAAUUGUUGCUGACAAGGACAAAAGUAACUGCGUCUUUGGAGCAGUUGCCUUUUAUAUGAAGCACCUUGGUGUCAAGACCAGAGCACUUGACAACAAGAAGACUAAGUCAGGAUGGCGGCCCUCUGUCCCUUCCGUGCUGAAGCCAUGGGGAACCAACAAACCCAACAAACCCGACAAAAAACCGCCUCCAUUCCAUGAUGGUAAGCAAACUAGAUUGGACUUUGAAGUAAAGCCAACCAAACCAAAUGUCCCACCUCAUCGAGAGUCCAUAAGCAAUAGCGCUGCCACUUCAGGGCGGAAACCUGGUGUGGCGGGGUCAGGUAGCACGCAUGGCUCGGAGAGCAGUGAAGAGUUGACUCCUAGUCCCGACUCUCAGAGCGACACAGGUGUCAUCAACAAUCGCUCAGACCCCAAACCAGUAUCAGAAGGUGGAGAUGCAUCUCCUGUCAGUCUGUCCAUCUGUGAACCUCUCCCUGUCAUUGACAUGCUUCCAGAUGACAGUCAGGACAGUGGCAGAAAGAAGACAAGGAAUGUGCGCCGCAGCGAGAGCCUUUGCGUGGAGCGCCGUCACUCUCGCCGUAGUGGCUCUACCCGGGCCAAGCAGUCUCGCUCCCGUAGCGACGUGGACCUGCAGUCAACCUCUACCUCUCACCCCCUCUCACCCUCCCCACAGCAUUCAGUCUCUGCAGAAGGUGGAUUGUUGCCUGACGGCCUCGUCACUGGUCCUGCUUUUGGCCCCUUCCCUCAGCAGGAGGAAAUGGAGCCCCGUCUCCUGGAGCUCGAGCAGGACCCGCCCAACUGGAGGGACCUUGCUUCUCCCGAGGACCUGAAAAAACUGAGCAAGAAGGAAAUCAAAAGACAAGAAGUCAUCAAUGAGCUGUUUACGACAGAGCACGCUCAUGUCCGUAUGCUGAGUGUAUUGCAGACUGUUUUCUCUCGUCCGCUGGAGAGGGAAGAGAUUAUGAGCAUGACUGAGCUGGCCACCAUCUUCCCCAGCCUCGAUGAGAUCAUAGAGAUGCACUAUGCUUUCUAUGAGAACCUGAAAAAAAUGCGGCAGGAGGAUAAGUACAUUGUCAAAAUCAUAAGCACGCCACUUCUCAACAGGUUCAGUGGAUCAGAAGGAGAAUGGUUUCAGAAGCUCACCGCACGCUUCUGUAGCUACCAGUCCUGGGCUCUGGAGCAGAUAAAGAGCAGACAGAAGAAGGAUCCCCGUUUUAAUGCUUUCAUACUGGAGGCAGAGAGUAAGCCACAGUGUCGGAGGCUACAGCUGAAGGAUAUCAUUCCCACCGAGAUGCAAAGACUAACCAAAUAUCCUCUUCUGCUGGAAAACAUUGCCAAGAACACAGAUGAUAAAGCAGAAAAAGAGAACAUUAACCAAGCAGCAGAAUCCUGCCGUAAGAUCCUCAACCAUGUCAAUGAAGAAGUCAAACUCAUGGAGAACCUGCUGAUUUUGAAAGACUACCAGCGCCGGCUGGACACCUCAGGACUGAAACCGAGCAAUGACCUCUACAGUGAGUACAAGAACAUUGAUCUGACCACCAGAAAGAUGCUGUUUGAAGGACCUCUGACAUGGAGGGUGACCAAGGAGAAAGCGAUCGAUGUGCACUGUGUUUUGCUGUCAGACCUGCUGGUCUUGCUUCAGAAGCAGGAUGAUAAGAUGGUUUUGAAGUGUCAGAGCAAAAGCAACAUCGCCGUUCAGGAAGGCAAACAGAUGCUGAGUCCAAUCAUCAAACUAGAAUCUGUUUUUCUCAGAGACGUGGCCACUGACCCAAAGGCCCUCUACGUCAUCUUCACCUGGGACAGCGGAGCACAGAUCUAUGAACUAGUGGCUCAGACCGCCGGGGAGAAGAAAAAUUGGACAGAGGUGAUUAAAUCUACGGUUGACGAGUUGAAGAAGAGGGGCGGGAAUAAGCUGAAAAGAGACAGAGGUGGCAGCAUGCCCAGCAGCGCCAGUGGACCUGCAUACAGCCCUUUGCAGCCCCCUCUUAGCCCCACUGAGAACGGAGGAGACCUGUUGAAAAGUCGCGGUGGGCGAUUUAAAGACAGUUUUACUGAUGAGAAGAGUAGAGAAACUGAUUCUUCACUCAUAGACUACCUAGCGGCCAAUGGUUUUGACCUGCUCAGCCAUAGCCACGCUCCUCCAGAGAAGUCUGCUAUUGGUGCUUUGGAUGAAGUCAUGUAUUUGAAGAGGCUAUUGGUCGGGAGUAUUAGUCUGUCAGAUGACUCUCAGACUCUUGGGGAAAAUGGAGGGACGGCCCCUGAAACCCAGGAGGCAGAUGGAGUGGAGGAAUCCAGCACAGAAGGUAGAACUGAAGGAGAAGAGAGUGGGGGAGAUGGAGGGAAUAAAGACUAUUCUGUGUAUUUGGGCUUUGAUUUUAUAUCAUUUGGUUGA